CCGUAUUACUUCCCAGUCCCCAUUGGUUUAGGAAUUUUAAACUUGUUUUUAUAAAUUACUCUUUGCUCAUAAAAUCUCUCUCAAAAAAAGUUUUUGCUUUUCACUCAAUUUUGUAGAAUUUCUUGGCAAGAUUCAGACGCCUUAAUUCUUCUUCUUCAGGGUUAGAAUUAGGAUAAUUGGAAGAAUGAGACUAAGGAAGGGGGAUCAAGUUGAGGUGUUGAGUAAGAAGGAGGCUUCCAAUGGUUCAUGGAGUUGUGCCGAAAUUAUUUCUGGGAAUGGUCGUUUGUAUAGCGUGAAAUUUUUCUCAUCCCAGGAAGCCAUGGAGAAGGUACCGAGGAAGGCGAUAAGGCCUUGUCCUCCCCCUGUUGAAGGUUCAAAUGUUUGGGAUGUUGGUGAUCUUGCUGAAGCUUUCCAUAAUUCCUCCUGGAAACAAGCAAAAAUAUUGAAGAUCGUUGGGGUUAAUUGCUAUAUAGUAAGAUUACUUGGAUCACCAUUAGACGUCAUGGUUAGGAAAUCUAAUCUGAGAAUGCGACAAGCUUGGCAUGAUGGACAAUGGAUUCUCCUAGGGAAGGCCAUGGAAAAUUCAGGUUCAUUGUCUAGAAAUAGGCAGAUAGAGCCAAACAUGAUGAGAAGCAAGGAUCAACAGCUUGUGGUAAUGCUUCCUACAGGACCUCGAAAGAGGCCAUUGCCUAGUCAAUUCAUAGAUCACAAAGUAUCUGUUCAGAAAAGGAAAGUCACUGAAAAAGAUGUUAGGUCAUCAGCGGUAACUACCAAUAUGUACUCAACCCAAGAGUUGAACACAAUUAGAUUAAGAUUGAGCUCAAACUUUCCGACUGAAAAUACCGAAGUCACUACAGGUGAUGCUGGUUUGAGAGAGGGCAACCUUAUUCCAGGAACUUCAACCCACAUUUACACAGAUAAUUGUACAUCUUCUGUCGGCAGUAAUAGUUCCACUGAUGAUUUUUUCAAUGUGCCAUUUGUUUCUGUAGCUCGUCGUAGUAAAAAAGUUGAGAAUAUGGAUUAUUACAGUGACGCGGAAUCAUCUACAGGAAGGGGACAUGGGGAAGAAAAUUCAUGCUCCCAUGAGGAAGUAUUAGCUAGACCCCACAGGUCAGAGCUAAGUGUAUUUCGUUCUUUUAUUAGGGCAUUAUAUGCUUCUGGACCUCUAAGUUGGGAAGAUGAAGGGGAGGUGUCAAACAUUCGUGCUUCACUUCACGUAUCUAAUGAUGAAUAUUUGAUGGAGCUGAGAAAUCUAAUGUCUGCUAAUAAAAGGACAUCCGUAUGAUUGAUUUGAACAGUUAUUUUUUGCUUCUAAUUUUUACUUCUGUAUCCCUUGAUAUCAUUUUGUGGGGUAUGAUUUCACUGUGCAUCAUUUGUUUGGAAACUUGGAAAGCACCCAAUUGAUUUGUAUAUACUAUUGGGAAACGAUAAUGGCUUGCUGUUAUUAAUAAUACUUCUUUCUAGUUUUUUUCUUUUUUCUUUUUUUGUAAUAUCAGUUUCACUCUUUUUGUUUCACUUAUACGGUCUGUUUGGUAGCAUUAGGAUAUUGAAGAGUUCAUAGAUGAAUUUUGUCCACUUCAUGUGAAGGGUCCUUACAUUUCCUCUUAUCUGCUCAGGGUAUACUGUGUACUUAUUGUGUUGUAAACUAUCUAAUCUUAUAAUGUCCUCGGCAGCCUAUGGCGCACUUCAUUUGAGGAAAUACUUGGCUCUUUUCUCGGUAGAUCAUCAUGGGAUAUGACGUCCAAAUUUCUUGCCUAUGUGCUUACGGCAAGCCAUUGGUUGAGUAAUCUCUUGCUUUUUUAUGCUUUCCUGAAAUCUAAUUUAAUUUAUGCUUGAUAGCAGUAGAGAUGCAAGGUGAUAACUGAAACCAGUCAAUUUUAGAAAAGAAAAAAUGAUAACAAUCCCCAGUAUUUAGACAUUGUAUCUAUUAUGUUCGUAGAACUUCAAUUGAAUACUGGUUAUAUAGAGACUCUGUUCAACUCCCCCCUGAUUCAUUUGGGUUAUUCUGAAAACCAUAUAAAAGUAAAUUUUCUGUAGGUUUCACAGUUGCUAUGAAUUGUUAUUUGACCUUCUCCUACUUUUGAUCUCUACCAUUACGUACAUCCAUAUUGCUGUAUACUUCGUUUUGUUAUUCUCUCUGGAUUCUGGACAAUGUAGAUUAAACUCAGUACAGGCCUGCAGUUAGGGAAUGAUCGUGUUCUUUUUUAUGGUAACAGAAAGAAAAAACCGUUUAUGCUGUAGAAAUUUGUAUUGUGAAUGAACAAUUGUGGCCAAGAUUUUUUCAGGCGACAGGGGCAAUGGUUGUGAUGGUCCUUUCUUAUCCUCAUCAAACUGCAACACUAAGGACUUGUAAGUGUUUAAAAAAAAUUAUUUUCGCACUUAGAAGCACAUAGAAGUUAAUUUAAACAUACUAUAAUUGAUGAAGAGAAACAUAUCUGUUUGUUUUAUCUGCAAUCUUUCAAAUACCUGAUAAUUUUCUUAGUGAACAGAGAUAGCUUUGAUCUUUCAUACUCCUCUUCUGACCAGUUGGCAAAGCAACUGGGUAAGGCGGAGAAUAGCAGUUCAAAGUAACUAUCUUCAAACAAAAUCGACAUUGCUAUUCACUGACAGUGAAUGACAGAAGUUUAUGAUUUUCCAACUCUUAUAAUUGUAUUUCACAUUGUUAGAAAAUAAUGCUUUGGAAGAUUAAAAGUUUAACUUCUUUGAAAUUAAUGAUUUAGUUUUUCAACUUAUUAUCAGUUAAUGAAGCGGCUGAGCAACUUAAUGAAGAUUGAGCUUCAAAGUUUAAGGAGAAUGCUCAGCUACUCAUUGUUGCAUGGAAAUCUUCAUGCCGGAGUCGGCGGGUGAUGCUGGUAAAGAGAGGAUUUUGCCCUCGUGCUUUACACAGGCAACGUGCUCCCUUCUCCACCACUGCUUUUUAAUUUCUUUGUUAUCGAAUCCAGUAGGUGACUCAUUCAAUCUUUAAACUUAGAUUUAUUAGCAUGUAUUUUAUUUACAUAUUUUUUUAGUACAAUACGGAGAAAUUUGAGUUAUCAAUCUCAUAGUCGUUAAUACUUAUUAUA